CGCCGCCGUGGCGCGGCCCCUUUAAGAGCCGGCGGGCCUCCGGUAGCUGAAGGUCAUUACACACAAAAGCGCUCCGCCGCGGUCCAAUAUAGCGCAUGCGCCCUGCCCGGGGACUGGCGGGGAGACGGCAACAUGGCGAGGGUGCCUGGCCGCGGGGACUGGGGCGCCGCCGCGGCCGCCGCCGAGGACAAUGGGGAGCGGGCCGAGCGCGAGCGCCGCGCGCGGGGCCGGGGGCGCCGCCGGGGCCGCCCGCACGACUGCAGCGCGGGCGAGGAGGAGGAGGAGGAGGAGGAGGAGGAGGAGGAGGAGGAGGAGGACGCGAUCCAGGAGGUGCAGAUAACGGGGGACGAGGAGGAGGAGGAGGAGGACGGAGGCGGGGGGCUGGACGAGGACGAGGACGAGGACGAGGACGAGGAGGACGACGAGGAGGAGGAGAUGGGGCUGGACUGGGAUGAGCGCCUGGAGCCCGAGGACUCGGCCGGGGAGGAGCUGGAGCCGGAGGAGCCGGAGCCGGUCCGCAGGAUCGAUAUGGACCCGGGCGCCGCGCUGCUGGAGGAGCCCGAGGCGCCGCCGCCGCCGCCGCCGCCGCGGCUGCUGCCCCCGGCGCCCCGCGCGCCCCCCGGGGCCGCCCCCGAGCCCGACCCCCCCGACGGGCCGCCGCCGCCGCCGCCGCGCCCCGAGCGCGCCCGGCUGAGCGAGAACACGCGGCUGGCCACCCGCUACGCCGUGCGCAUCUUCCGCGAGUACCUGAGCGAGAAGGCGCACAGCCCCGACUUCGAGAGCAUGGACAAGGCGGCGCUGUGCCGCGCGCUGCGCUCCUUCUACGCCGAGGCGCGCUCCAAGAGCGGCCAGCUCUACAGCAAGUCCUCGCUCAUCAGCAUCCGCAGCUCGCUCAACCGCUACCUCAACGAGCCGCCGCACUGCCGCACGCUGGACCUCACCAAGGACCCCGAGCUGCGCGGCGCCAACCUGGCGCUGGCCGCCGUGCUGCGCCGGCUGGAGGCGCAGGGCGCGGGCCCGGUGGUGCAGAAGCAGGCCAUCACGCGCGCCGACCUGCGCCGCCUCUACGCGUCCGCCGCGCUGGCCGCCGGCACGCCCUUCGGGCUGCUCAACAAGGUCUGGUUCGAGACCUGCAUGUACUUCUGCACGCGCGGCCGCGAGAACCAGCGCGAGCUGCAGGAGGGCUCCUUCGGGCUGGCGGCCGACGAGGACGGGCGCCGCUUCGUGUACUUCCGCGCGCAGGGGCCCUACCACAAGUCGCGCUCGUCGUCCUGGGGCCGCAAGCGCGCCGAGGCGGGCGAUGAGGACAGCCUGCCGCGCAUGUACGAGACGGGCACGGAGCUGUGCCCCUACGCCAGCUUCGUCAAGUACCUGGCCAAGCGCAACCCGCUGUGCCGCGCCUUCUUCCAGCGGCCGCGCGACCACUGCGGCGAGGCGGACGCCACCUGGUACGAGAACAAGGCCAUCGGCAAGAACCUGCUGGGCACGCGCAUGCAGAUGCUGUCCAAGGCGGCCAAGCUGUCCAAGACCUACACCAACCACUGCAUCGGCGCCGUGUCCAUCGCCACGCUCCACAGCAUCGCGGGCAUCGGCACCCGGCCGGGCGCGCCGGCCGCGGGGCACGGCUGCUGCGCCCCCCACGCCGCCGCCCACUGCGCCGCCGCCGCCGCCGAGGCGCUGAACGGGGCGGCCCGCCACCCCGCCCACCUCCACCUCCAGCACCCGCGCCCCCCGCCAGGGGACCCCUACGCGCUCCCCAAGGACGGCCUGGCCGCGCCCCCCGACGUGAAGCCCGAGGCGGCGGCGCCCAAGCGCGCGGCGCUGUACGAGGCGGCGGCGGCGGCGCCCGGGGACCCCCGCGGCCCCUCUCCGCCCAAGAGACUGUGCCUGCGGCCCCCGGAGCCCGACGCCGCGGCGGGGGUGGCCGUGAAGCGCGACCCCCUGCCGCUCCUCCCCGAGGCCGCCGGGCCCCGAGGCGCCGGCUCGCCCUCCGCGGCCCCGCCGCCCGCCGCGCCGCCCGCCCAGGACAGCCGGCCCAGUAUGUCCAGACCCCUGAUCACCAGAUCGCCCGCGUCUCCGCUCAACAGCCAAGGCAUCCCGACGCCCGCCCAGCUCACCAAGUCCAACGCGCCCGUGCACAUCGACGUGGGCGGCCACAUGUACACCAGCAGCCUGGCCACGCUCACCAAGUACCCCGAGUCCAGGAUCGGGAGGCUCUUCGACGGGACGGAGCCCAUCGUGCUGGACAGCCUCAAGCAGCACUACUUCAUCGACAGAGACGGGCAGAUGUUCAGAUACAUCCUGAACUUCCUGCGGACGUCCAAGCUCCUCCUCCCCGACGAUUUCAAGGACUACACGCUGCUGUACGAAGAGGCCAGGUAUUUCCAGCUGCAGCCCAUGCUGCUGGAGCUGGAGCGCUGGAAGCAGGACAGGGAGGCGGGCCGCAUCUGCAGGCCCUGCGAGUGCCUCGUGGUGCGGGUGGCCCCCGACCUGGGGGAGCGGAUCACGCUCAGCGGGGACAAGUCCCUCAUCGAGGACGUGUUCCCCGAGAUCGGCGACGUGAUGUGCAACUCGGUCAAUGCGGGCUGGAACCACGACUCCACACACGUCAUCCGGUUCCCGCUCAACGGCUACUGCCACCUCAACUCCGUGCAGGUGCUGGAGCGGCUGCAGCAGCGGGGCUUCGAGCUGGUGGGCUCCUGCGGGGGCGGCGUGGACUCCUCCCAGUUCAGCGAGUUCGUGCUGAGGCGGGAGCUGCGGCGGCCGCCCCGCGGGCCCUCCGUCAUCCGGAUAAAGCAGGAGCCCCUGGACUGAGCGGCCCCGCGGACAGGAGGCACCCCCACGCCCGGCGGGCCGCACCCCGAGGAGGGAGCUCCUGUGCGGCCGGGACGUCCCGGACGAGCGGUGACUCAGAGACCGUUCUAUCCGUAGAGACCACGCUGUAUUCACAUGGGAGCAAUUGGAAUAGGUGAUAGCCUCCAGGUGUAAAAAUAUAUAAAUAUAUAUAUACGUCCAGAGGUAGGAAGCGCAAGGAAAAGGGAGGGGAGCUGCAGUCGGUGCCGUGACGGCGGGGGGUCCGGGCCCCGCGUCCGACGGGGAACCAGCCACGGCCGGGCCUCUCACAGCCGCCCGCCUGCGUUUCCCCUCUUCAUCCUUCUUCCUCUGUUUUCUUUUUUUCCAACACAACACCCGGCCUCCGCUCCUGGCAGCCGGGGGUCCUCGGGGCGGGCCGGAGGGUGUCGGCCCGGACGCCGGGCGCCCUCGAUGCAGAGUGGCCUGCUGGCCCCUCGCUCGCAGGUGUGGGCGCUUCUUGGUCCUCGGCCGAUCCGUUCCGCAAAGGGCCCAGAAUUAGUACUUGUUAGAGGCACACCGGUUUGAGUCUGCUGCUUUCCUACGGUUUUUCAAAUUUUAUAAUGUAUUAAAUACAAUAAACUCUGUUUAAAAAAGAA